AUGCAGGAGCUGUGGAGCAAUGCCCAGUAUCAGAGCCUGGAGACGCUGCGCGAGAGGUCGAAGAGCAGGGGGGACGAGAUCACCUGGGAGCAGGAACAGUCGAUCAAGCGGGCGUUGUGCAGAUUCGUGAGCGACGUGGGUCAAGAACUGGACCUGCUCCAGUGGACGGUGGCCACCGCGCAGUACUACAUCCACCGGUUCUACGCGGUGCGGUCGCUCGCGCGCAACGACCGCUUCGUGGUGGCCAUCGCGGCGAUCUUCCUCAGCGCGAAGGCCGAGGAGAGCGCCAAGAGCCUGCGGGAGUGCAUCGCCAAGGCGGCGCAGGUGCGCUUCAAGGACAAGGCCGAGCAGGACCGCCUGACCAAGGACCGCCCGCAGUGCGACCUCCUGCGCGAGAACGUGCUCUUCGCCGAGCGCGCCCUCCUCUACAUCAUCGGGUUCGACUUCAACAUCGAGCACCCGCACCACCGUCUGAUGCCCAUCCUGGCCAAGUUCGGGAAGGACCCGGCGGACAAGCGGCUGGCGGUGAGCGAGAGCAUGUCGGCGAAGGAGCGGGAGGAGAACGAGGGGGAGGUGCACCGGCGGAACUACCUGGCGCAGCUGGCGUGGAACUUUGCCACCGAGUCGAUGUGCACGCCGCUGUGCCUGCAGUUCCCGCCGGCGAAGAUCGCGUUCGCGUGCGUGGACGUGGCCGCGCGGUUCGCGAUCAAGAACGGGCUGCAGCGGGACAGCAAGUGGGUGGCGGUGAUGGAGGAGACGUGCGGCGCCGACCGCGAGGAGAUCACGCAGAUCGAGGGGCAGCUGCUCGAGUCGUUUCGAGUGGACUCGGAAAAGUGA